AUGAUGGCCAAUCACCACCCUGCGAACUUGUCAAGCUGCGGCAACGAGCUUCUCAAGUGUAUUGACGACCUCAAGCGAAAACGAGAUGAAAUCAGCAAGCAGAUCAUGCUGGAAAGUGAAGAAAGAGAAAAAGUUCAGCGAGGGAUCUCGGCUCUCACUGAGAAACUGCAGAAGUUAAACGCGAGCAAUGAGAAAAACAUGCAAGCAAAAGAAGAGUAUGACAAGACGAUACAAGACACGGAAGCUGCAUACAUGAAGAUCAUUGAGUCCUCGCAAACACUUCUUCAUGUAUUACGGCGCGAGUCCAUGAGCCUGGCGAAGAAGAGCAGCAUGGAGUAA